GCUUGUAUUCGCAACUGUGACCAGCAAGUCGAGAAGGGGUAGGGGUAACUUGUUGCAAAACAUAACUGCAUAAUGAAGUUUGUACUAGCUAUCCUAGCAUGUCUUUUAGGGGUUUCCAAGGCGUGGUUACUUGGUAGAGAUCUACCAACUGUCCAAGCAACUGGAGACGUGAACCCGACCUGCGAGUCGCACGGUCAGACGGGUAUGUGUGAGUUCUACGAGUGUUUCGAGGACCGGUUCCCGUGUGGAGGACGCGGGUACAUGCAGAAGUACGGACUGUUUUACUGCCACAACUUCGCCAGCUACUACGACUUGUUCACGCCUCAGGGAAAACGAUGGAUAAAUGAAACAUCCCAGUGUUUAACACAGAAACUGAUGACGAAGUACACACAAUCUUCUGUCAACUGUCACGCGCUGUCCCAUUUUGCGUUUGACUCCUGGGACGAGUGUUAUGUCGAAGCCGGUAUCUGUGACAUAUAUUGGCCGAACGCUGAACUCUUCCGACAGAUUUACGCUGUUCGUCACCUCUUUGAUACACAGGCCACAAAAAUCUGGCGAACAAUGUUUCAAAUAGCCAUAGGCUGUGGGAAUCGAAGACUUGAGGAGGAGGGCGGUGUUUCUGGUGUGCUUGAUCAGAUACGUGAUGUGGGCAGUCGCAUCACCGAUUUCUUUGGACUGAAGAAAUGAGCUGUACAAAAACAGAACUCCAGCGUGUGGCGGCCUUUGUAAAAUCGGGAACGCUUCGACGUUUUAUAUUAUCACAGACACUUCAGGAAACCGAUUCUUGUUGUCGAUCACAAGACUUGUUUUGGCGCAUUAAUGUGAUUAUCACAUGGUAGCGAAUACUAGUUACCAUCGUACAUACACAGAAAACAAACCACUCAAAACAAACCAUUCACCUCAGUAUUAUAUAUUUUUGAAUAAAGUUAUUAAAACACC